AAAGAUGACGUCAUUAGACUAAGAAACUUCAAAGAUGGCUGGAAAAAAAUUCAGAAAAAUAACUUGCCCAUUUAGUGUGAUUCUGGGCUGUUCAAGGAUGAUAUGAUCAUAUUGACAUAGAUCAUUAAAAGUGAACUUUUGGUUCACAAUUUGCUCCUAUAUUGAUGCAGUAUCUAGAGUGAUCUUGUUUAGAGAAAGAUGUCGUGGGAAGAGCUAUCUCAAGGAGCUGGAAGUGCAUUUCCCCCUAUAGAUGGUGUACCAAUUAAACUAUCUGACAAGUACAAGCCAUUGAAAAAGGUGACUCUCCCCCUGAAUUUUCAACAGAGGGACAUAUCGUCAAUCCUAAACCUGCAAUAUGACUUUACACUGGAGACUGAUGUGAUAGAAUGGACAGAAGCCCAGAAGGAGAGUCAGCUCAUGGAGGAGCAGGCUCACUUUGAUAAUAUUGCCACUAACAUAGAACAACUAGGAAAAGACAAUGAUAGCAUGGAUAUUGAUAUAGAAGGUGCUGAUUUUGCCCCAGAAGGGUCUCAUACAAUUAUGCCAGAGCCAGAUGAUGAUGAUCAAAAUCAUGUUUCGGAUCAGCAAAUUAGAUCAACGGAGAAUGUGGCACCUCUUGUAGCACAGGUGCCUAGUGUAGAUGUGCCGCUGAAUAUUUGGAAUAAUAUUCUUCAACCUGUUCAAAUUCAACCAAAUAAACAAACCAACCAGCCAAAACCUGCAGAAAGGUCAACUUCUUUUAAUUUGGCUGAUUUUGAAAGGGUGCAAGAUCCUUUUGAUAGUGUUGAGCUUAAAACUCUUAACGAUUUUGAAGAAUUGGGAAAAGUUUUACAAAACACACAAGUGACUUCUGCAGUUUCACAAUCAGGUAUUCAACCUGGAGUAGUCAAAGAUACAUUUAUGCCCAAUGGUGGGGCAAUGGACUUAAACAGGCCAGUUAUUCAAGGUUCUGCAACAAGUGGACCCCCUAUUCAGCAAUAUAGUGAGCAAAGGGCUCAGGCUGUUGCUAGUUUAAAUAGGCCCUCCAACAGUAUAAACCAAACCAUCAGAACACAACCCACAGCUACGUUAAAUCAGGGCACAGUCAGUUUUAACAAAAAUUCCGAUGCUGUAACAUUCCCAACUGUUCCCUCUAAUGUUAAAAUCCCUCGCUCUAUUAACCAACAGACAGCAGUGUCAGUUCCCAGUAGUAGUGCAGCGAAUAAUUCGGCAAGUAAUCCAUUCACUCGAGGACAGGUCCUGCCCCCUAUUGGUAGUAGUUUUAGUGAUCAGGAUGAAUUUGGGUUACCACGAAUACCACAUUGUACCCUGGCCUCUAUUGGUGCUACAGAUGCUCAAAACCGAUAUUCUAGUAGUCUCUAUAGUAAUAGCUGCAAUACAAACAAUUCAGCUAGCACACAUAAUGGCACCCCUGUCCAGUCAUCUGCUGCCACAGGAACUGUUCAAAACAGUUUUGUAAACUCACAUGAUGCAAUUGCAGCAAAUGGCCCUUAUAACCCUUGGCAGCUUCCUCCAUAUACUCCUCGUAGAGCAUCCCAACCUGUGCCAGUCCCUACACCACAAUCUAAUCAUGUCUCUAAUCAAGGCAGACUAACUGCUGCAAAAAGUAUUGAGAGCUUACACAAAGAUUUAAAUGCAAAUAGAGACGAUGUGCAAAAUAUGACCAGGCUGCAAAAGUGCAAAAGCAAUCCAGAUUUAACUGAAAUAGGAGGCCUGAGAAAACCAAUGGGAAAAUCACAGACAAAAAGACCAUACCCCGUUUCAAAAACACCACCGCCAUACCCCGUUUCUACCAAGGUGCCAGAUGAAUCCUCAUCACCCCCACCCCCAUACACCCUAGGUUCAUCACCUCCACCAUAUAGACAUAGUCCAUCUCCAUUAACAGAACCCCCUCAGAGCCAUAAUGGUUAUGGGGCUAGUCCAACACCCUCGGCAAUAACUAGUCUCCCCAAUCCAUACCCUCGUCUUUCAAGUGAACACAAACUAUUAGUGGAUAAUAUAUCUGCAAUGGGGUUUCCACAUACCAGGGUGGCUAGGGCUGUUGAAAAAUACAAAGAGGAUGAUAAAAUGGUUGUUGAUUACCUGUGCUCUGUGAACAGACUUAUAGAGAAAGGUAACCAUGGAGAUAAAGCAGAGGAUGCUCUAAAUUUAUAUGACAACAAUGAAGAAAAGGCUUCUGAAUAUCUUGAAGUGAUGGGUCAACUGGCAGAGCUGGGAUUUGCUGAAGACAAGAUUAAAGAAGCUUUAGUUCUAACUGAUAACAACAGAGAGAACGCAUUGGACCAUCUUAUAUAAAAAUACAAACUGACCUUGAAAUACGACUACAGUAUUGGCAGGCUUUUUAAAGGAGACAGUUUUUUAAAGGAAUGCUUACAGAAACUACAUUUUUAUUAUUUGAUCAUACUUCAUUUGAAAGCUGCUAUGGGAAAUGUCAGCGUAUUCAAAUCAACCAAGCCAUAUGUGGAUAAUUAUUCACACCUGUAGCUACAUAAGUAAGGAUUGUUCACUCUGACAUUACUGAAAAAGAAUAAGGAACCAUGUCCAGAUGUCAAUAGUUGUGAAAUGUUUUCAUUUCCCAUGAAAUGUUAUUAAUUAAUUAUGCAUACUCUACUAUCAAUAUUUGGACAUGUUUCCAAAUAAAAAUGACAUGACAGUUAAAGGCAUACAUGUACCAGGUACAUUCUGAAUCUGAUUCAUGAUCAGUAGUAGUAAUGGAUCUAAGUUAUUUAUUCAGAAGUAAGAUUGAACUCGCCUAUUUAUUUUGAUUUUUUGGGGAGUUAAUUUGUAUUAUUGGUGCCUUAAGUUAAUUUGGCAUCUUCAAGUAUCACUGAAGUAACUAGGCUCAUACCGAAAUAGCCUGACAACGGUAA